UCCAAAGUUCCAAUCUGCGUCUCUUCCCUGCGCUAUCGCGAGCCUCCGAAGCUUCACUCUAAGAGCAUCCAUUGGAGAAGCGCCUGAAACGACAAAGCUCUACCCAUGAGUAAGCUUCAGAGCGAAACGCUUAGGGAGGUGAUCUCCCAGGUGUUGAACGCCGCGAAGGAGAAGAAUCGUAAGUUCACGGAGACCGUGGAGCUUCAAAUCGGGUUGAAGAACUACGAUCCCCAGAAGGACAAGCGUUUCAGUGGCUCCGUGAAACUCCCUCACAUUCCUCGCCCUAAGAUGAAGGUCUGCAUGCUCGGUGACGCUCAGCACGUCGAAGAGGCUGAGAAGAUAGGAUUGGAGUAUAUGGAUGUGGAGGCUCUGAAAAAACUCAACAAGAACAAGAAGCUGGUCAAGAAGCUGGCCAAGAAGUACCAUGCCUUUUUAGCAUCUGAAUCCGUUAUUAAGCAGAUUCCUCGUCUUUUGGGCCCUGGUCUUAACAAGGCAGGUAAGUUUCCCACACUGGUGACUCAUCAGGAAACCCUGGAGUCGAAGGUUACUGAAAUAAAAGCAAUGGUGAAGUUUCAACUUAAGAAGGUUCUUUGUAUGGGCGUUGCUGUGGGGAAUUGCAGUAUGGAGGAAAAGCAGCUCUUCCAGAACGUGCAAAUGAGUAUCAACUUCCUUGUUUCAUUGUUGAAGAAAAAUUGGCAAAAUGUGAGGUGCUUGCACCUGAAGAGUACCAUGGGAUCGGCAAUCAGGCUCUAUUGAGUUCGUUUCUCCGUUUACAAGAUGAGCAAAAUGUUUUAUGAAUGUUUUGUAAGCAAGACAUCGUUGAGGAAUGCUGUUAUGGCUUUUUUUGUUCUCCUUUUUGGAUUCUUUGGCUUCGAAGUUUAGUUAAUGCUGAUAAUGUUGUUUUAAGUUGAUGUUAUUGGUGGUUGAUUAAAGAAAAUAUUUUUAUCA